ACCCUAGCUAAAAUCAGAAUAAUUCAGUGUAGUGCCGUCAUAACAAAAAUGCGUACCUUCAUCAUUUUACUCUUGGGGCUUGCUGCUGUGUCAGCAUACCCUAAGAAAAUCCAAAGAAUCGUUGGAGGUUCCGUGACUAGCAUCAACCAAUACCCCGAGAUGGCAUCGCUGCUAUUCUCCCAGGGAACAGGCAGCCUCUACAGACAGGCGUGCGGAGGCACCAUCCUCAGUUUCCGCUCCAUCCUCACAGCCGCCCUCUGUACCAUUGGACAUGCUCCAAUAAGAUGGCGCGCCCGAGUUGGAUCCACCUUUGCGAACAGCGGCGGCUUUGUGCUCGACACCCAAACAAUCACCAACCACCCAAACUACAACGGCUGGAUACUAGACAACAACCUGUCCAUCAUCCGAACCUUUCGUGACAUCCCCAUCUGGAAUAAUAGCACCGUGCAAUUUGCCAACAUCGCUGGUGCCAACUACCAACUUGCUGACGACCAAGUCGUCUGGGCUACGGGAUGGGGUGCCACUUCUCAAGGAGGAUCGUCGUCUGAAGAACUGCGCCACGUGCAAAUCUGGACUAUCAACCAGGCCAUUUGCCGACAGCGCUACGCUACCACGGGUGACACCAUCACUGACAACAUGCUGUGCGCUGGUUGGCUCGACGUGGGCGGUCGCGGCCAGUGCCAGGGCGACACUGGUGGACCGCUGUUCCACAACGGGGUCGUCGUCGGCGUCGGUUCCUGGGGCCGUGGUUGCGGUCAACCCUUCUUCCCUGGUGUCUACACCCGCGUGUCUCGGUACACCAACUGGCUUUCAUGGGCUUAAGAUUUAAUACAUACUCGCUAAUUUCUA